AUGAAACAGAACUUGACUGCAAUCGACAAUAAUAACAAACCAUUUUUCUACAUGUGGGUGGCAAAUAGAUGGUUGUCAUGGCGUACAGAUGCUGUGGGAUCUAUGGUUAUGUUCCUUUCAGGUGUUUUCGUUCUUCUUUCCAUUGGGAAGAUCGAUGCUGGAUUGGCAGGUUUGUCAUUAUCUUACGCUAUUUCAUUCUCUGAAAGUGCCUUAUGGAUUGUUAGACUCUAUGCCAAUAUUGAAAUGAACAUGAAUUCAGUGGAAAGGUUGCAAGAGUUUUUGGAAAUUGAACAAGAGCCACCAUCCGAAAUCCCUGAGACUGAGCCUAGACCAACAUGGCCAGAACAUGGUGAAAUUGACAUGGAGAAUGUGACAUUAAGAUAUGCUCCACAUUUGCCUCGGGUCAUUAAGAACGUGACCUUCCAUGUUGAUUCCUGUAACAAGAUUGGUAUUGUUGGUCGUACGGGUGCAGGUAAGUCUACGAUCAUCACUGCACUCUUUAGAUUCUUGGAUCCUGAAACGGGAACCAUCAGUAUUGAUGGUGUUGAUAUUUCUAAGAUUGGUUUGCGCAACUUGCGUCAAGCAAUUACUAUCAUUCCCCAAGACCCUACUUUGUUCAGCGGAACAAUUCGUUCGAAUUUGGACCCUUUCAACCAGUACACCGAUCUGCAAAUCUUUGAAGCUUUAACUAGAGUCAACUUGAUUUCUCCUGGUGAAAGAGAAUCGCUGACUUCCGGAGGAGAUAACCAGAACAAGUUUUUAGACAUUGAGUCUGUCAUCACUGAAGGAGGAAACAAUUUGUCGCAAGGUCAAAGGCAAUUAAUGUGUCUCGCAAGAUCUUUGCUCAAGUCCCCUAAGGUUAUUUUGCUUGAUGAAGCCACAGCUUCUAUUGAUUACAAAUCGGACGCAUUGAUCCAGCAAACUAUUAGAGACGAGUUUUCUCUGUCAACAAUCUUGACUAUUGCACACAGAUUGAGGUCUAUCAUUGACUAUGACAAGAUUUUGGUUAUGGAUGCUGGUCGUGUUGUUGAGUAUGACGAUCCAUACACAUUGAUUGCCAACAGUGAGUCUUUGUUCCAUAGCAUGUGCGAGAACAGUGGUGAAUUAGACACGCUUACUAAGCUCGCUAAGGAAGCAUUCGUGAGAAAGAAGAAUCACAAUAUUUAA